GGUACUGAUUGGGAUGUAGUUCGGUAUGUUAUUCUCGUCUUAGUGAUGGUGAUGUUGAUGCGAAGCAAGAAUAUUAACCUUUAUGCUUUCCUUUUCAUUUAGUAAAUGUAUUUGUUCUGCCUACUUCCACCAAGCUGCGAGAUUGAAGGGUAUCGGUGAAUAUGUCAAUUGUAGAACUGGUAUGAAAUGCCAUCUCCAUCCUACAAGUGCACUAUUUGGUGCAGGCUUUACACCUGACUACGUUGUAUAUCACGAACUUGUAUUAACGUCGAAGGAGUAUAUGCAGUGCGUCACGGCUGUUGACCCCUAUUGGUUAGCAGAAUUAGGACCUAUGUUCUUCUCUGUCCGUAACCGAGAGUAUUAAGCUUAUUUAAUUUUUGUAAAAGAAGGUAUAGUUCCGGGUUGUAAAUACGUACUUUUGAUUUAAGAUAUAAAAUAAACAUUACAAGCUUGUUAGCUUUUUUUUUAAAAAAAA